AUGGAUAUCCACAAAAUCUCCAAAGCCCAAGCAUAUAUGAAGAGGCUACGAUCACGCGACAAGGUACUUACUCAAUUCGCGCGCCGACAGAUGGAUCACAAGGGGGAUUUUGAAGAUAAUGACCUUCACUCAUCGUUCCUCCCGCCUACGCUCCCUAUGUCACUUUACUGGACAUCCUGA